AGGCCGGUGUCCGGUCGGGGCGUCGGGAGGCGGGGCCCCGGGCGGGGCGGCUUGUCCCCAUCUGCCCGCCCCAGGCCGCCCCCUACACGCACCCGGCUCCCGGAGGCGGGCGUCCGGGGUUCCCGCUGUUUCCCGGGCUCCGGCCGGGCGGGCAGGGGUGGCUCGUCCUUGCGGGCCGGAGUGGGAGCGCCCGGGGGGCUCGGGAGGGCGUGGGGCCUUGACCGGCCUGAGGCUCGGGGAGCGGAGGGAGGCCCGGCGGUGACUGGGGAGGAGGAGCGCCCUGGGGCGAGGACACCAGCCGGCGGUCCGGAGGGAUGGAGAGAGUUACGGGGAAGAGGGCAGAGUGGGGAGACCGAAGAGGGACGGGCGGCGGGAGGAGUCGGGAGUGCUCCGGACCAGAUCUGGGCUGUCAGCAGGCAGGGCAGGCGGGCGCCGGUCGGAGCGUCGUGACUGGUCUCUCGCGGUGCCCAGGGCAGGAUGUACACGCUGCUGUCGGGCCUGUACAAGUACAUGUUUCAGAAGGACGAGUACUGCAUCCUGAUCUUGGGUCUGGACAAUGCCGGGAAGACGACCUUUCUGGAGCAGUCAAAAACCCGGUUCAACAAGAACUACAAGGGGAUGAGUCUAUCCAAAAUCACCACCACCGUGGGUCUAAACAUUGGCACUGUGGAUGUGGGAAAGGCUCGCCUCCUGUUCUGGGACUUAGGGGGGCAGGAAGAGCUGCAGUCUCUGUGGGACAAGAGAAGAUGGUCACAAGUGAGGCGCUGGACGGUGUCCCCAUCCUGGUGUUGGCCAACAAGCAGGAUGUCGAGGCUUGCCUCUGCAUCCCUGACAUCAAGACUGCCUUCAGCGACUGCACCUCCAAGAUCGGCAGGCGUGACUGCCUGACCCAGGCCUGCUCGGCCCUCACGGGCAAAGGGGUGCGCGAAGGCAUUGAGUGGAUGGUGAAGUGCGUCGUGCGGAACGUUCACCGGCCGCCGCGGCAGAGGGACAUCACGUAGGCGCACCGGCGCCCGCUGGCGCACAGCUCAUCCCCAGGUGCCAGAGGAGCGCUCCUGCUGGCAUGGGGCCGCCGAUCCUGGGGGUUGGGUUUGCUUUGCCUUUUGGUUUUUCCAUUUGCGUGUUUUUUCUGUAAGACAAACUUUUCUCUGUGUCUGGAAAAGCGUCGGCAUCCGGAGGCUCCUGCUGAAGGAAGUCGGGGCAGCAGGGCCGCCGGGCGCCCCACAGGUGCCACCGCAGAACCCUUGACUUCACCCCAGUGGGGCCUGUGGCCACAUCAGACCUAGCCCCCUGCCCCUGAGGCUCCAGUUGGGGCCCUGGGGGUGAGGCCUUGGCGUAGGCAGGCCGACUCUCCCUCUGGAGCCUGCCUGCCCGUCCUGAGGCGCAGCCUCAGGCUACCUGGUUGGAAGUGGGAUUUUCCAGAGCUGUGGGGCCCUCAGGAGCUCCCAGAGCUCCGUGCAGGGCACCUGUGGGGCCACGGCUGCCCUCAGUCUCUGCCUCCUUUGAUCUUGGGGGUGGGCUGGGGGCAGGUGUCACACUGAAGGAGACCUGGCCCAUGUCCCCGAAGGCCAGCAGGGCUCUGGGUCUGAUGUAGCCUCAAGACGGGGCAGGGAAGAUCUGCCUGGGAGGCAAUGUGGGCCUCCCCCCCCCCCCCCGACCCAGCAUCACCUCAUUUGGUCCCCAGCAGGGAGGGAAAAGCCAGGAGGCUGUGUUUGGAGUGGGCGUCCCCUCUAAGUACGCCUGCCACCGACCCAGGACAACCACGGUUGCCAGCUCAGGUUGCACUGGUGGGGGUGGGCAUGGGGGCAUUGGGAAGGCGAGCUGGCUCCCCAAGGGCAGGUUGGUGUGCUGGGUCUGUGUUCCCAGUUCGGAGUAAGGGGUGGGGUCCUCUUCAGGUCUGGGGAUGAGGGCUUAGAAAUCUUUUUCCAGCCUGGCAGUGGGGAGCAGAGACCCUCCCUACAGGACUCCUGUGGGAGCAGGCAACACCCAGUGGGUCGGGCCGUGGGCCGGAGGCUGGCUGGCUGGCGCUAGUGUGUACAAAAUAAAGGUGGUCUGAGUG